AUGCAGUUCAACGUUAUCGUCGCACUUCUGGCCAUUGGAGCGCCCUUGGCCUAUACUGCACCCAUAGGUCUGGACAACCGCCCAAUGAAUGUUUCUCUGCUGACGUCGCCUUAUGUAGCUGGUCAGGAUAACGAGGCAAUUCCCUUCUACGAAAAACGUACGGACAAUAGUGAAGCCAUCCCGUUUUACGAAAAGCGUGCAGGGGAUAGCGAAGCUAUUCCAUUCUAUCCAAAGAGGGAGGAAAACAGCGAGGCUAUCCCAUUCUAUCAGAAGAGGGACGAUAGUAGUGAGGCUAUACCCUUUUACCAGCGUCGGGCAGACAACAGUGAGGCCAUUCCUUUCUAUGAAAAGCGGGCUGAGGAGAGUGAGGCCAUUCCCUUCUAUCCAAAAAGGGAAGACAAUAGCGAAGCUAUUCCAUUCUACGAAAAGCGGGGGGAGAAUAGUGAGGCUAUCCCAUUCUAUCCAAAGAGGGAGGAAAACAGCGAGGCUAUCCCAUUCUAUCAGAAGAGGGACGACAGUAGUGAGGCUAUACCCUUUUACCAGCGUCGGGCAGAUAGCAGUGAGGCCAUUCCCUUCUAUCCGUAG